AGUGUCACUGGUAAAAGUGGAUAAAUCCCAUAUAUGAAUUAAAACAUGGGCAGAUAUGGGAAUAAUUUAUAGGUUUGCCUAUAAUUACUCUGGGUUAGUGACAGUUAAGGUAAAUGGCAGUGUACCAUCUUGAAUAGCUUUACAGUUUUCGACCUCAGAGCAUUUUAUUGAGUGUCACAGAAGAGGUGGUCCUCCCAGUAAUGAAACAGUUUUCCAUUGCCACAACAGGGACUAUCAAAAAGAAAUCUAUGAUUUUGUAGUCUGUACCUUAUUGGAAGUUUACUAGAAAUUGAAUCCAGGGAACUGCCUUCUCUGCUUCAUGCCUCCACCCAGAGUCUGAUCCUACCAUGCCGGACAGCCACAGAGAUGCUAUUUUGUGAUAACUGUUUGCUCACAAGACAUAGAUAGGCACGCAAACCUUACUAUACUUAGAAAUGUGAGUGGGUAAAAAGCUGGUUGGAGAUUUUUUUUAAUGUAGUGGUAAGCUGCAUUGAGUUGGGCUUUCCAUGUGUCUGGGGGUAGCCAGUAGCAGAUCCCUGGGGAGAGAGGGCCGGAUGUGGGCCGUACUUCCGCCCGUCUGCGCCUGCGCGCUUGCGCGCCGUCUUCCCGCCCUUUCUGUGGGCCGGUACCCGCUCGCCUCGCGGCUCGCUGAGGGCCCUCGGCCUGGGCCAGGAGAAGCUCUGGAGAUGCAGAGACCAGAGGGCUCCUCCACCACCCCGUCGGCCCCGGCAGCGGCAGCGUCUUCCUCGUCGUCCGGAGGGGCUCCCCCACAGCCUCCGCGCCUCUCUCUCCGGCCCCUGGAAGUGCCUGCCCACCGCCCUUGUGCGUGGGUCUCAACAUCCUCCAUGCCAGGCUCGUCCGGGGCCGCGGGCGAUCGCAGCGCCAGCAGCAGUGGCUGCCCGGGUCUUUCUAGGAGCUGCCGGGCGCCACCAGGCAAGGAUAGGGCUGGAGGCGGGGUCCUCUUAGCCGCCAGCUGCAGCCGCAGAGAGCUUGAAAUGCAGUGGUACCUUGAUUCAUGAAUGAUUUUAUUGGUUUGCAAACAGAAGCUUUUGGCAAAAUUUUGUUUUUGCUUACAAACUCAACAUGGAGAAAUGGCCAUAUUUCCUACACAAACAUGAAUGCAGUGUGUUUUCCAAAUUGUACAACAAACAUUGUGAGUCAAGGCACAUAUUUGCCAUCUAGCCCUUACUAACCCUUGGUACAGGAGAAGAAUCAGGGUUAUAUAUGAAGAUUUGAGAGUUGUUGGGAAAUACAUGGAAAUAUAAAGCAAGAGAACAGAUUUGCUCAGAGAAAAUAUACUGAUUCAUGAGAGAAAGUUUGAAAGUAUAGAACCCUGAAAGCCAACAGUAAACAAGAUCACAAGUAUUGUAUCUCGAAAAGGAAACCAUUAAGUAGUUUCGAGAAUCAAGGUAUAUAGUUGUUCAAAGGAAAAAAAAAAGAGCCCCCAAUUUUCCCCCCAAGACUUACACAGAACACUGGCAUUUUGAGUGCCUUGUUUUAAAAUUUUAGCAAUGUUUUAAUAUGGGUAAUUUAUCUUACCAGUUACCUAAAAAGAACUGAAGCUAAAUUGAGCCUGAAACUGUUUAAAAUACAAUUUGCAUGGCAGAAGUUUCAAUGAAGAAGUCAGUGGAGGAAAGGGAGGUUAAUAAUUACUAUACAAAUUAAACAUGUUUACUAUAUUUGAAGACUAGAAGGUAAUUUGGUUUUUAGCAAAAGUAGUCUUGGUGAACUUGUAAAUUCAUAAGCCAUAUUAGCAGAUUUUAGUACUAGAUUAUGUCAUUAAGCUUGUCAUAAUGUUAUUAAAAAAUCUUUAUCAGAUUAAGUAUAAUAAGUAGAUAUGUUGGGGCUGGGGAUUUAGCUCAGCGGCUUAAGCACCUGCCUUGCAAGCAGGUGGUCGUGAGUGAGUUUGAUCUCCGGUACCAGAAAAAAAGAAAAAAAAAAAAGUAGAUAUGUUAUAAAUAUUUCGAUUAAUACAUCAUUGUGUAAUUUUAAUCUUUAAGCAUUAAUUCUUAAAUUGUUCAAAUUUAGGUUCCCACUUUGGAAACAAAAGAUCUUAUGCAGCAAAUGUAGUUACAUCAAAUUUUACUUUUGGUACCAGCUCAUCUUCUGCACUAGAAACUAAUUGUCCUCAAGUACCUAAAACUCCAUUGUCUGCUGGAAAUCCUCAGAGAUCAGGUUAUAAAAGUUGGACACCACAAAUGGGAUAUUCAGCUACCUCCUCUUCUGCAGUGUCUGCACAUUCCUCGUCAGUUAUUGUAGCUGUGGUGGAGGGGAGAGGACUUGCCAGAGGAGAAAUAGGAAUGGCGAGUAUUGAUUUAAAAUGCCCCCAGAUUGUACUCUCCCAGUUUGCAGACAACACCACGUAUACAAAGGUGAUCACUAAACUCAAAAUUUUAUCACCUCUGGAAAUAAUAAUGUCAAAUACUGCUUGUGUUAUGGGGAAUUCAACCAAGUUAUUUACUCUUAUCACAGAAAAUUUCAAGAAUGUUAAUUUUACUACUAUCCAAAGGAAAUACUUCAAUGAAACAAAAGGAUUAGAGUACAUUGAACAGCUAUGCAUAGCAGAAUUCAGCACUGUCCUACUGGAAGUUCAAUCCAAGUAUUACUGCCUUGCAGCUCUUGCAGCUUUGUUAAAAUAUGUUGAGUUUAUUCAAAAUUCAGUUUAUGCACCAAAAUCGCUGAAGAUUUGUUUCCAGGGUAGUGAGCAGACAGCCAUGAUAGAUUCAGCUUCAGCUCAAAACCUUGAAUUGUUAAUUAAUAAUCAAGACAGCAGAAAUAAUCACACUCUCUUUGGUGUGCUAAAUUAUACUAAGACUCCUGGAGGGAGUAGAAGACUUCGUUCUAAUAUAUUAGAGCCUCUAGUUGAUAUUGAAACCAUUAACAUGAGAUUAGAUUGUGUUCAAGAACUACUUCAAGAUGAAGAACUCUUUUUUGGCCUUCAAUCAGUUAUAUCAAGAUUCCUUGAUACAGAGCAGCUUCUUUCUGUUUUAGUCCAAAUCCCAAAGCAAGACACGGUUAAUGCAGCUGAAUCAAAGAUAACAAAUUUAAUAUACCUAAAACAUACCUUGGAACUUGUAACUCCUUUAAAGAUUGCUCUGAAGAACUGUACCACACCUUUAUUAAGAGCUUACUAUGGUUCCUUAGAAGACACGAGGUUUGAAAUUAUACUUGAAAAGAUUAAAACAGUAAUUAAUGAUGAUGCAAGAUACAUGAAAGGAUGCUUAAAUAUGAGGACCCAGAAGUGUUAUGCAGUGAGGUCUAACAUAAAUGAAUUUCUUGACAUAGCUAGAAGGACAUAUACAGAGAUUGUGGAUGACAUAGCAGGAAUGAUAUCACAACUUGCAGAAAAAUAUAAUCUUCCUUUAAGGACAAGUUUUAGCUCUGCUCGAGGAUUUUUUAUCCAGAUGACUACAGAUUAUACAGUGUUACCCAAUGAUCAGCUUCCUUCUGAAUUUAUCAAGAUUUCUAAAGUGAAAAAUUCUUACAGCUUUACAUCAACAGAUUUAAUUAAAAUGAAUGAAAGAUGCCAAGAAUCUUUGAGAGAAAUUUAUCACAUGACUUAUAUGGUCGUGUGUAAACUGCUUAGUGAGAUAUAUGAACACAUUCAUUGUUUGUACAAACUCUCCGACACCGUGUCCAUGCUGGAUAUGCUACUGUCAUUUGCUCACGCCUGCACUCUGUCUGACUAUGUUCGGCCAGAGUUUACUGAUACUUUAGCAAUCAAACAGGGAUGGCAUCCCAUUCUUGAAAAAAUAUCUGUGGAAAAACCAGUUGCCAACAAUACCUAUAUAACUGAAGGCAGUAAUUUUUUGAUCAUAACGGGGCCAAAUAUGAGUGGGAAAUCUACAUAUUUAAAGCAGAUUGCUCUUUGUCAAAUUAUGGCCCAGAUUGGAUCCUAUGUCCCAGCAGAAUAUUCUUCCUUUAGAAUCGCUGAACAGAUUUUUACCAGAAUCAGUACUGAUGAUGAUAUUGAAACAAAUUCAUCAACAUUUAUGAAAGAAAUGAAAGAGAUAGCAUAUAUUCUACAUAAUGCUAAUGACAAAUCACUCAUAUUAAUUGAUGAACUUGGCAGAGGUACUAAUACAGAAGAAGGCAUUGGCAUUUGUUAUGCUGUUUGUGAAUAUCUGCUGAACUUAAAGGCAUUUACACUGUUUGCUACACAUUUCCUGGAACUUUGCCAUAUUGAUGCCCUGUAUCCUAAUGUAGAGAAUAUGCAUUUUGAAGUUGAACAUGUAAAGAACACCUCAAGAAAUAAAGAAGCAAUUCUGUAUACCUAUAAACUUUCUAAAGGACUUACAGAAGAAAAGAAUUAUGGAUUAAAAGCUGCAGAAGUGUCAUCACUUCCACCAUCAAUUGUCGUGGAUGCCAAAGAAAUCUCAACUCAAAUUACAGGACAGAUUCUGCAGAACCAAAGGAGUACCCCUGAAAUGGAAAGACAGAGAGUUGUGUACCAUCUAGCAACUAGACUUAUUCAAACUGCUCGAAACUCUCAAUUGGAUCCAGACAGUUUACGAAUGUAUUUGAGUAAUCUCAAGAAGAAAUAUGAAGAAGAUUUAUCCAGGGUUGCGCAAGUUCCAGGAAAUGCUGAAGAAUAAUAAUUCACAUAUUAUAGCAUUGAAAUAAUAUCUUUUAAUAUGAGGAAUCUAGAAUUUAUCUCCUGAGAGCAAAAGAAAAUAUUUUCUAAAUUUUAUAUUUCAAUUGAAAAUUAUAUCAGUAUUUUCAUUUAUAUAUCCUACAUGAUGUUUGUUAUUCUUAA